GCUUCAACUUGCGUUUUCGUAUUUCUUCUCUCUAAUUGAGACUCUAGUAUUGAUCUAAUGUCACUAGAAGUUUCGUGUUUCCUGCAGAAUCCGCGAAACUAUUUGUUUUCCCGAGAAAAUCAUCAUUCAACCGUUGUUGUUAUUUGAUAUCUUCUAAUCAUUUCUCGCAAUGCAAUCUAUAGAGCUUAAUCUGUAAUUUCUAUAGCGUCCUUGUGAGAAAAUCUUCGGAUUAGCUUUUUUUUUUUUAAAUUAGAAUCAAUAAUGGAGUCCUCAUCAUCAUCAUCAUCAUCUCCGUCCAGAGAUCUAACCAAAUGCUGCGACUGUGUAUGCCAUUCUUCUAUCAAGAGGAGACACGACGAAUCAGAGACUAAUAACAACCAAUCCUCCAAUCCCAAAGUCCACAUCGAGAACGAAUGCGAACUGCUCCGCCAAACCGUCACGAGCCAACAGCAAUCGAUCCAGGACCUCUGCGACGAGCUCGAGAAAGAGCGGAACGCGGCUUCCUCGGCCGCUGACGAGUCGAUGAGCGUGAUGCAGAGGCUGCAGCACGACAAGGCCGAGCUUCAGAUGGAGAUCAGGCAGUACAAGCUCUACGCUGGGGAGAGGAUGGAGCACGAUCUCGGGGAGAUUUCGGCGUUGGAAGAGUUGGUUGAUCAAAGAGAGCAGACGAUCUUGGCUCUCGAGUGCGAAGCUCAGGGCUAUAAGCAUAGGAUGAUGAGCUAUGGGAUCAUGGACGGAGAAGCUGUUGAUGUUGUUGGUGGUUUGAUUAGUCCUGAUGAUUAUGAGUAUGAGUAUCCUUCUUUGAAGUGUAAUAAUAUAAAUGAGAAUCAAAAUCUUUUAGAGGUUGAUGAUAUCUAUGUUGUUGCUGAUGAUGAUGAGAACUAUCCACCGGCCGAUUCGCCGCGUGGCAGAGUGCAUUUGAGGAGUUUGGAUCAGAGGAUUAGCCAGAUGGAGGAGACUAAUCCUAAUCCUAGCUUGGUUGGUCAGAGUCCUAGGCCUCGUCGUCAACUACGACAUUUCAGAGAUGAAGCUUUUGUUGAAUCGCCUAGGUCUGAAAGAUGCAUCUCUAAGAAAGUGGAACAUGUCUCAUCGUAUACAGAGAAUGAUGAUGAUGAUGCUGGUAAAGGUGGCUCGUUGGACGUAGGAGAUGAGAUGAGUGAUAGAGUUUAUACUAUUGACUCUGGCCAUGGCCAUGGCCAUCAUAGUGGUGUAACUGAACAGAAGCUAGAGGCUGAAACUUCCGUUGUUAACAAUGUGGUGGUUCAACAUGGUGAUCCUGAUAUAACGAAACUAUACAUGAGGCUACAGGCGCUGGAGGCUGACAGGGAAUCUAUGAAAGAAGCGCUUCUUUCUAUGAGGACGGAGAAGGCUCAGAUGGUACUGUUGAAAGAACUCGCUCAGCAUUUGUCGAAGGAAGUUGUCCCUCAACGGAGGUUGCCAGCAUCCACUGCUGGGACAUUGACUUUUACGCCAGUCUUUAAGUGGAUCACAUCUUUUGUUUCCUGGAGAAGAAAGGCUCGUCGAAGCAAGUAUAUGUAUGGGUUGUCAGUAAAUAACAUGGGCCUGCAAGUGGUUCUAGAAAAGGUCCCUCGAUCACGGAAUUGGCGAUGUCUCAGGAGCACGCAAGUGUGAAACAUAAUCUAAUCCAUUCAAAGCAAACAAAAACCACUUUCCUGACUCUACAAUCCCAAGUCAAUUACUGAUGAAUUAAAUUUGGAGAAGUGUUACCUGAGAGGUAAACUUUGUGGCUUUCUUCAGCUCGAACUGCCAUCUUGUUCUCAGGUUGUGGAAGAAGUAUAUUUGUCCUAUGCGGUUUUUUUAUUUUUUUCAUUCUUUUGUCCCCAACCUUUCAAGUGUUUGUAUAAAGAAUGGGGUUGAAGAAUGUUUUUGUAACUGAGAGGCUAU